ACUACUACACGUUGGACGGAAGGUUUAGUGCGUUACACCGGAAGUAGUCCUGAAUCAUCCCGGCGACCAGUUUAGAACUACUGACACUAUUAGCGCGCUGUGUAGUAUAUGGUCAUAUAAUUUAAAGUUGUAUCAUAUUCAUCGUUGAAAAUGCUGAUUAAAGUGAAGACUCUGACUGGAAAAGAAAUCGAGAUCGACAUUGAGCCCACAGACAAGGUGGAGCGAAUUAAAGAAAGGGUGGAGGAAAAAGAAGGCAUCCCCCCACAGCAGCAAAGACUCAUCUACAGUGGAAAACAGAUGAAUGAUGAGAAGACGGCAGCAGACUACAAGAUCCAGGGCGGCUCGGUGCUCCAUCUCGUGCUGGCGCUAAGAGGAGGGACGGCGACCCACGCACCCGACGUUCACGUCGCCUCGUCAUGAGCGGCGCCCAACACAGAGCCGGCCGUGUGCCAACGCUUUCGGCGUCCCAGCAUCGCUCAACUUACGACGGAAACCAAACCAAACCAACCCCCGCCCCUCCAGAUGGAUGCCGUGUUUCAUUUAUGGAUGUUUUUGUAACCCACAUUGGCUUUCUGGGUUUGUCCCGUUCACGUAAGCACUCACGCACACUUCCCACAACGCUGUGUGCUCUUCAAUGCUUGUGAAUAAAUGCUGAAGCUGA